UUUAAAUUUAAAAUAUGGAUUAUGAAACCCUCUUCACAAUUCUUCCCAAAGAACCUAAGAAAUGGUCUUUGGAGGAUGUAUCGCAAUGGCUCAAUUUUGUUGGGUUAUAGUAACUUCAGACAACCUUCAGUAAAUUAGCGAACUUAUAUCGUAGCUAAGAAUUCAAUCGAUGGAUCAUGUUUGGAGUUAAUUGAGGAAAAUGACUUAAUAGAAGAUCUAGGAAUUACAAAUAAGAUAGUUAGAAAAAAGCUUAUGCAUUGUAAAUACUAUUAAAUAAUGAAAGGGCUUAAAACAGGUCUGAAAGAAUAUGCAUCACAUAUAAAAUCAACAACAUUCGAGGACAGACGCUAUGAAAAGAUGGAAUAAGAAAAUACAACUCUUGAAAAUACUGAAUCUGCGUAACCUCAAUAUGGGUAGAUUAACGUCUCGCAUGAUAUGAUGACAAAUUAUCUUAAAAACAAUGAAAUGUAUUCGCAACAAUUUUAGUAACCAUUAUGCGAGAUGUAAUGAUGAUACAUAAAUUUUAGUGAAAACAAACCUCAGUUUUAAAAAAAACAAUAGACUGGCAUUUUAAUUGAACAGGACCUAGAUAAAUUAGUUUCAAAAGUAUAAAACGAAUUGAUCAUCCAACCAACAGAAGGACCAUAAACAAAUUUCUAUUGUAUAAAGGAAUCAGGAGGUAAAAUUGGGAGACACUCAAGCAAUUAAAUUUUAAUAUUGGAGGAGAGCAUUAGUAGAUUUCACGCAGAAGUGAUAUUUCAAAAUGAAGAAGUAUUUAUGUAAAUCUAACUUAGUUUUAUAUCAAAGACAUUGGAUCGACAACAGGAACAUUUAUUAAGGUUGAAACAAAAUAACAAUUGCAAAUUGGAAUGGUAGUUGAAUUAGGCAGCAAUCAAUUUGAAAUUCAACAAGUGAAUGUGAAUGGCACCAAUAUUGAUGUAACUAUUUCAUUUCAAAUUAGGUUGUUAUGGCUAUUAUUGAAGGACCAAAUACUCCUGAAAAACAUGUGAUCAAUUUGACUCCUCAAAAAAGCGUGACAACUGUUGGUCGUAAACAAACCGCAGACCUUACUUUUAGUGAAGAUCAUCAUCUCUCUAAUAUCCAUGCCAAGAUCUGUUUGAUUGAUGGCAGAGUGUAUUUAGAAGAUAUGGGAUCAACAAAUGGGUAUCUCUUAUGUCAAUGUUUAGAUCUUGGUUAAGAUUAUCAAGAGAAGGUUAAGCCUCCUAGUUAUAUCCACUAUAAAACUAAACAGUUUUUAAAAUCGGAACUACAUCAACCUACUUAUGUAAAAGAACUACAUAGUUGGUUGCCGAUAGAAGUAAUGAAAAUAGUUGUAUCAUUUGCAUUGAAAAUGACCGAGAUGCAUUGUAUAUGCCUUGCAAACAUAACACUGCUUGUUUGAAAUGCAGUAAAAACUUAAAGGAUUGCCCCAUUUGCAGAACUAAAAUAUAGGAUAUUAUAAGAAUCUAUAAAAACUGAC